AUGUCUGUGGACGUCCCGGGCCAAAGCUCUGAUGCACAAGUCCUCAUUAAUGAGGCGAGGACACUGGUGUCUCAGUUAUAUGAUCCAGCAAAUACCGGCAACCCCGCCAAGAUCAAAGCUAUCCAGGAGCAUCUGCAGAUUCUCCAGAAAGGCCCCCAGGCAUGGCUCAUUGCUAAUAAUCUCCUCAGUGAUGAGAGUACUGACUUGAGGUUCUUUGGAGCCCUAACAUUUACAGUCAAGAUUAACCAGGAUUGGCAACAGUUAAAUGAAGAUGAGGCUCGAGAGCUUCUUGGGCGACUGAUUGACCACUAUGUUCUCUUAGUAAAUGAGGGAGAGCGCCCUCUAGUGGUACGCAAGUUGGCUUCCAGUCUAGCAACCAUCUUCCUAAAGCCGAAUGCUCCCUGGAAUCAUGCUAUUUGGAACCUGGCGGCUUCUUUGGCAAAUGGAAAGCAUCUCUCUGAGGAGCAGUGUCAGUCUUUUGACCUGCAAGGUGCUGUUCUUCCUGCCAUGUCCGAAAGGCAGGUGGUCAGCUUAUUAUACUUCUCUAACAUACUGGCGGAGGAAAUCAAUAGAUGGAGUCCGGAGUCACGGCGAAAUCGGGAUAGUAACCGGGCAUCUGAAAAUAUCAAGCAUGCUUUUCUUCUAGUUGAGUUCGUCCUCCGUCAUAUGCUGCAGCAAGAAUCUUCCGGUCACUCUAUAUCUGAUGGCGCUCCAGGCGUCGAGGCCAUCAACUCCUACCAAUCGUGGGCCUUGGUCCGUAAUGCACUCCAACUCCGCGACACGAUACGCGCCACUCAGCUUGCUCCUGCCACCGACUAUGUGAUCCAAAGUUUGAACGUUCCCAGCUUAUCUAAGACUGCAAUGCAGGUCCUGGUUGAAUUAAUAGAUUGGCGAGACAGUAUAUUUAGCCAGGAGCAUGUCUACUCUAUAUUGGAAUAUAUCAUCAGUGAUCUUGGCACGGCCCAUAUCGCUUCCAUAAUGGAUGCCGAUUUUGAAGAUGAGAAUAUGACAUUCUUGGAACUUCUAUUAGCGUACGCAGCACUCAAACAAAGGGAGCUUCUGAUUCAGCCCUUGAAUCCUGAUCAUGAGAAAGUUCUGGCCCUUCUCCACACACUCUUCAAAGCCCCUGGAUAUGCAGCAGUGGACGAGUCAGCAUCGCCGUUGGUCCUUGAGUGGUGGACUGAAGUUGCAGAUGAUCUCCAAGAGAUAUACUUGGAUACAGAAGAGAAAGAAGGGCUUGAUCCCGCUAAACACAAUCUUGCCCGUGCAGCUAUGGAUUGCUUUGAGAAACUCAAAUACCCGAGUCCAGAGGAGCUACAAGAAUGGGGCGAUGAUGAUCGCAGUGAGUUUGGCGCUUUUCGCCGCGACGUUUGCGAUUUCCUCCUAGCAAUCUAUCCUAUGUUAGGAGUUGAGUUAGUUCAAGUGUUCCAGGAACGAGCAAAAUCAUCUUUAGUGCAGCAAGACUGGAGAACAUUCGAGGCCGCAAUAUUUUGCAUGGCUCAACUUUCGGAAGCUGUUGACGAAAACCAGCAUGCAGAUGAAUGUUUAAACGCAAUAUUCUUUUGUGAUGAAUUUGCUCGGUUAUGCACAGGGGAUAUUGCAAUGAUUCCAGACAAACCUCGGCAGACACUGGUGGACAUGCUUGGACAAUAUCAGUCAUACUUUGAACGCACACAUGCCUUACUUCCUCGCGUACUCACGUUCCUUUUCGCCUCAUUGGACGUUGCAUCAUGUGCUUCUGUAGCAUCCAAAUCUAUAUCGCAUCUUUGCAAAUCAUGUCGCAAUGCUCUAACAUUCGAGCUUCCAGCGUUCAUGGACCAGUUUGAGCGUUUUCGCUUCAAGCCUACAGCCACGGCUUCCACCAUGGAGAAAGUUCUAGAGGGAAUCGCUGCUAUUAUACAAACUUUACCUACUGAUAACGAGAAAGCUCAGUUCCUAGAGCGAAUACUCAAAUUCUUCCAGGAGCAGGCAGAGCUGGCACGAGAUGAAGCCUCUCGCGGGUUAGUGGAGCCUGCUCGCUACGUGACCAUCAUCGAAGCAGCAUGCGACAUACUGAAGGCUGGUUUUACCGAAAACAGUGGCCCCUAUGUCUUUCCACCAACGGUGACAGUCAAUUUCGUGAAAAGUAUACCGUUAGGGAGUGCCGGCACAGAUAUGGUUAUGGGUACGGCCUCAGCGUUCUUGGCCUCUCACAGUGCACAUCCACAACGUAUCCGUGAAGAGACUGUUGCCCUGAUUGUCCAUGUAUAUGAGACAUUUUGCUGGAUGCACGAGAAGCCAGAGUUCUACGACCCCGAGGUUGCAAACAGCGGCAUCGACUUCCUCACUCGCCUGCUCCCCAAGUAUUACCCUUUUCUUUUCACUCUUACUGCUGUACCUCAGGAGUCUAACCAGCCAGGAACUGGUCAUGUUGAUGGCGCCCCUCAGCGUCCACCAGUACUCCAAGCGAUUCUCAACUUUACACUCCUCUCCUUGCAAGGCCCGGAGCCACUCCCCCUUCGCUCUGCCUCCCAAUUCUGGGUAGGCGUGCUGAACCUUCCUAACGAGGAAGAAGCUGUACAAAGAGCGCUCAGAGACAGUAUUCCAGCUCUGUGCCGCAUACUGGCAUCUCAGGUCGCCGGGCGAUGUGCCCGCUCCGACCUUGAACAUCUCUGUGAGGUGCUCAGAAGGCUCAUCUUCAAACAGCAAGGACUAGCUCGCCCGCAUCUCGCUAGCACACUAGCGGAUGUAUGUAAUGAUCAAACAAAUCACAACCAGAGUCCUGCUGUGUCACCCGAGGAGAGACAGCGCUUUCUUGCGUCGCUGUUAGUUGCCAGGGGCGCAAAAGCCCAGACGAGCCAACUGACGCGUUCCUUCUGGGUGAAAUGCCGUGGAUCUGGUUUCGAUUAUAUUGGUUUUGGAACAGACAUCAUGCCUGUUUUCGCGAAUUCCCCCGAGGCUCUUUCAAAUGUAACCCGCACGGAUUCGCUUGAUCCCGCCACGACAUGUAAAGGUGUUACAGGUAAUGGCCGGCCAUGCCGCCGUGCAUUGGCAUCUACGGAUGUAAUGUACUGCUGGCAGCACAAAGAUCAAGACGUGCCAGUACCGAACGGGACAGGCAACAAGCCGAACACUUCUCAAAUAAAUCCCAGAUCAAGUAUUGAUACAUUGAUGGAGCGACUCAAUAUCAAUGACCCACAGGACAACACCAACAAGUACCGGCCGUUGAAGAAGAAGAAGAAGACCAAGCGAACAUUAUGCUGUUGCUUCGAGAUUAUCGAAGAGGAUGAACCGCUUCCUCCGCGGCCCGUGCGUCCAUCUGGAAGACCCCAAUCAAUGCAGCAAGUGCCAUCCAGUGCUCCUCAAAGACCGCAAAAAGGAGGGUGGGUCCCUCCAACAGUCUCACCUGAAACCAAUACCGCCCUUACCGAAGAGCUUGCCAAACCACUGUCGGAAAAAGAUGAGCCGGGGUAUAUUUAUAUCUUCUGGGUCACGCCGGCCGACUCGUCCAGGUCGAUGCCGCCACCUACAGACGUCGCCUCGUCCUUAUUCUCUAAGCAUGAGCGCGGAAGUAAUGCCAUCCAAAAGGCCAGAGAUCUCAAUGCCUUGGCUUCGAAGCCCACUGAAUUUAGUCCCGGCACAAUUCGCCUCAAGAUCGGCCGAGCGAACAAUGUCCAGCGUCGGAUGAACGAAUGGACCAGGCAGUGCUCUCACCACAUCACCCUGAUUCGAUAUUACCCCUACACGCCGUCGUCGCCCCGCCCAAGCAACGGACCCGCUCCCGAGCUGGGAAGGAAGGUUCCGUAUGUCCAUCGCGUGGAACGACUGGUUCACCUCGAGCUGGAUGACUAUAAAGUCCGCGACAUGGGCAAGUGCGAGGAAUGCGGCAGGGAACACCAGGAAUGGUUCGAAAUCAAGGCCGACAAAGAAGCCAUCAGGGGAGUGGACGAAUGUAUUCGCAGAUGGAAAGGAAGAGAAGAGAAGAAAACACUUCAAUCCCUAUCCCCUUCCACCUCCAGAUCCCCAUCCAAAGCCACCCCCCUCUCCCCAUCAACAACCCAGCCCAAGACCCGCUUCCCAACCACAAAGACAACCCACCCCCAUCCCCAAAGACAGAACCCCAAAACACUCGUCCCGAUCACCACCGGCGCGAGCACCAAAACGGCCACACAGGAAUACAGCGCCACAGCGAGCGACGCGACAAUCACAGCGCCAGCGACGAACAACCCGAUCGGCACGCACGAGCAGACCAACUGCGCCAGGAGCAAGGUCGCGAUAACCGGAUGCGCGUGCAGGAAGUCCAGGACGGUGGAGACGACGGAGUUCAGACGGAGCGUUUGGCGGAAGAAGAGGGUGGAGAGAAAGGACCCCGGCAGCUUUUAUUGGUAG